AUCCCUGCACUUUAAAUCCAUGUAAACACGAUGGAAAGUGUACAGUGACAAGUUACGGAUAUGAGUGUUCUUGUGAAUCUCCGUACUCGGGAAAAGAAUGUGAAGAGGAUCUCUGCAGAUCAAAUCCGUGUAAAAAUGGAGGAACAUGCUAUGUAGCUAACGGUGUUGUGGAUUGCAAAUGCAAAGUACCCUAUUUUGGAAACCUCUGCGAGAAAUAUCCCUGCACACCAAAUCCUUGCCACAAUGGUGGAAAAUGUGAAAUCAUCCCUUCCGGAUAUAAAUGUUCUUGUAAGACUCCAUACUCUGGAAAAAACUGCGGAAAAGAUCCCUGUGAUCCAAAUCCUUGCAAGAAUGCAGGCAGUUGUAUAGUUUAUAAUGGAGAUUAUUUUUGCGUCUGUCAACACCCGUAUUCAGGCAGAUUCUGUGAAGAAGAUCCCUGCAGCUCAAGACCUUGUCAGAAUGGAGGCAAAUGUAGCGUUAUUGAUGGAGAAUAUGACUGCACCUGCCCACUCUUCUACUCAGGGAAACAAUGUGAAAAAAUGUGCUCAUGCGGUCAAAAUUCAUCUUGUUUCUUCGACGAAAAUGGGUUCAAGCGGUGCGUCUGUAUAGAUGGCUAUGAAGAAAUCAACGGAGUAUGCAAAGAAGCGUGCGAUAUUUAUCCAUGUGUGCAUGGGACAUGUGUUAAAACUGCAGGAAAAGGAGUUUUCUGCAAGUGCGAUGAGAAUCACAAAGGUAUUUCCUGCGAUGUCCAAGUGGAUAAAAUUACAGAAAACAGGAAAGAAAUCACUGCAGUUCUCAUUCUUCAAGGAGCUGUGCUAAUUGUAACAAUGGCUGUGUUAAUAAGUUUUUGCUAUGUGUACUGCAGAAAUUGCAGGAAAGGCAUGAAUAAGAAGAUAAUGAAAAUUGAUACAGUUUCUUGAAAAUCACUUUAAAAGAAAUCCGGAAAUAACAGAAAUGAACAUGACACAUUAUAUUUACAAGAUGCUCUUCAUAUGACUGAACAUGCUAAUUAUUAUGGUAUAAAAAUGUGAUGUUUACUUGAUUUGCAUAAUAUUUGAUUUAAUGUAAUAAACUUUACCUGCAAGUCAGAAGUUCUAAUAAAAUCCAUUGCCUUUAUCA